ACCUUCUUGGAGAGUAGUUGAGUCGAGAAUUGGACUUGCAUCAUGUAAAAUGUGUUAUACAAAUCAGUCUACUACCUUGAAUGGAGUGCUGUAUUGGUUGGUAGAGCAUACAUCCAAUGGAUUUGCUGUCGUUUCGUUUAGUUUACAUGAUGAGGCCUUCAAGGAUAUAUGUAAAUCACUACCAGAAGAAAUAUGCUAUGUCAGUGACAAUAGCAUCCUCCCAACAUUAGUUUCAUGGAGAAAUUCACUUGCAGUUGUAGGUGUGGAUCAGGGUGACAACUUAGUGCUUUGGGUGGACAGUACUGCUGAUCAGGAAUCUGAUUGGAUUGAACAAAUGAGAAUCAGAUGGCCGUCGCUAUGUGAAGGAAGUUGGUUGUUAUUGAGAGGAGUUUGGAAGGAUCAAUUUGUUUUCAGCAAAAAAGGAUAUGAAGUUGGUGCACAUAAUGAACCGGACAACCUGUUUUUGUAUAACCCUAUAACCGAGGCAUUGAGAAAGAGGUCUGGUAUACCGCAGUUGUAUAUGUAGGCUGCAGAUUUCAAUCGUUGCUGCAAAAGCAUGAGGCCGUUGAAGAUGCUUUUGGAAUGAGAGCUUCUGGAGUGAAGAGUGGUUGAUAGAAUGCAAUGUAUGACCUUCUGCGCGGUCUAAUUUGUAUAUGCAUAUUCAUUGAUGAUGUUCUUGUUUGAAGGAAACGUACUGUUCUAUAAAUCUACAAAUGGAGU